AUGCCGCCAAGCGAGACGUUUGGUAUUCCUGUAUACAAUUUGCAAGCGUUUGGCUUCAUAGUCUAGCCUGACCAUGCCAUAACUACACUACGAAGUGAAAAAUGAUGUUAAGCACACGUGGGAGGCUUGUUUACGAGGGCGCGUCGAGGGCGGCUAGCGAAUCGUCGCCGCGGGCCUGUGUGCGCUCCACCUGCAUCCCUUUAUGGACAUUACGUGUUUCCGACACUAGACUUGGCCUCCAGCAGCCUCGACAGACGAGGUUGCGGGUCUGCGCUGCGACAGGGCCCCCGCAACAGUCCUGGCGGACACAGCCCACCGCCACGCUUCCGCCACCACGGCUGGUGUCACAGCCGCAGCCAUCCGGCCCCCCGGCCCUGGUGUGGCUGGUGGGCUGGGUGCUUGCGGCCAUGCUGGGGUUCAACCUGCUGCGGGCCCUGGUGCUGAACUGGGUCAGGCAGCAGCCCCGCAGCCGCAUCAGCAGUGGCGCUGGCGCGGCCAACGACCUAAGCGGUGGUAGCGGCAGUAGCAGCAGUAGCUAUGGCCAGAAGAAGCAGCAGCAGCAGCAGCCACAGCUGCAACGGCCAGGGCACCAGCAGAGCGUGACAGUGGAUGUUGAGCUGGAGCCGCAGCCCGGGGCGGGCAGCUUGGGCCCUGCCGCCGCGGCUAUGGAGGGCCGGGCAAACGCUGAGAGGGUCACGUCGGGUGGCGGUGCGGGGCCGGGGCCCGGCAGUAGCAGCAGCAGCGCGUCGGCUGUAGCAGCGGCUGCCGCUGUGUCAACCGCUCCAGGUGGCCUGCGAGGGGAGGAGCAGAGCCAGCCGCCACUUGUGCAGAUGGCCAGCUAUCAGCUAAGAGAGCGGGGGCGGCAGGCCACAAGCAACUUGGGUCGAGUCGUCAUCUGCGCCGUGUUGGCGCCGCCAGCCGCUGCCGCUGCCGCUGCCGCUGUCGCCGGUGGCGGCGCGGGCGGCACUGCCGGCGGCGGCAUUGCGAGCACACCGGCUGGGUCUGAAGCCAGGACGGGGGAGGUGGCGGCAGCCGCGGCAGAAGGUGCACCGGCGGCUGCGGCAGCCUCGCCUGCGGGCGCUGCGGCGGGCGGCCAGGGGCCGGCGCCGUGGCGGAAUGCGGAUUGGCACUCACUGUACUGGAAGCCCCUGUUCGCCAAGUACGCCGCCGGGGCAGCAGGCGCAGCGGACGGCGGCGCCUCCUCCGCCGCCGCCUCCUCCGACGGCGACCGGGUCACGGGGCUGCUGGUACACUACGGCGACUGUGUGAUGCACGUGCUGGAGGGCGACAACAACCUGCUGUUCGCGCUGCUGCGGGAGCUGCGGCCCUCCGACGUGGCGGUGCACGGCCUGAGCGAGAUACGGGUGCCCUGCUACAUCCUGGACCUGCGGGAGCGCCUGUUCGAGGGCUGGGCCGCCGCCGCCGUGCCGCCGCCCAGCCCCCGAAGCCGCCUCACACGGGCCGCGCUGGAGAGCGCCAUUCGGGGGCAGGACACCGGCUUGCGCGGCCUUGGCGGCCUUGGCGGCGCCGGCGGCUUGCGGGGCUCAGGCGGCCUGGGGGCCGCGGCUGCUGGUGGUGUGGGCAUGGCGGCUGUGCUGGGCGGGGUGCAGCCCCCUGGGCAGCUGUUUGCGGAGGGCGGCGGCGGCUUUGGGGAGGAGGAGGAGGGAGGGCUGGGGCCGGAGGCGGACCCGGGGGCUGUGGCGGCGGCCGAGCAGGAGGCGGCGGCACGGCAGCUGGUGGGACGCAUCCAGCAGCUCGAGCUGUUCGUCAAGUUCGUGGGGCCCAAACUGUCCGCGCUGACGAGCCAGGCCACACGUGAGCAGGCGCUGUCCAACCUGGCCGAGUACGAGACCACCACACCGCCACGAGCCACCGUGGCCGCACUCGCAACCGACCCGCUGGCCCCCGCGCUGCCCGACUUCAUCGACACCUACGACGCCGACUACCGCCGCUACCUCUCCCUGCUGGCCCUGGUGGAGCAGCGCCGCGACGAGGCGGCGGCGCUGGCGGCGCCGGCAGCAGGCGGGCCGCGGGGCGGCGGCGGCGGCGACAAGGAGGCGGCGCGGGCUGUGCUGUCGGGGCUGGGCGGCCUGCUGACUGACAUCAAACACCUGGGCAGGUACUACAACGACCACCUGAACCGGGACCUGCGGGAAGCUCUGGCGGAGCGGGCUGAGGCGCGGCGCCAGUCUGGGUCGGACGAGGUGGCGAAGCGACUGGCUGGGGGCAUGAGGCUCAAGGUGCAGCAGUAGCAGGAGCUGGCGACGAGUGUGGGUGUGGAUGCAGUAGGUGGCUGGAGGCCGAAGAAGGUUGCUGCUCACAAGUAUUUUGGAGUUUGACCCAUUUCGGGCAGGGCUGUACCCCCGGGACUCUCGACGUUUUUU